AUGUCUUUCACUUACCGAACUGUUUGCAUGUUGCUCUAUUUAGGCUCCUGUUGCUUUCUGGUCGUUCGCAGUUUCCACCGUGUCUUUCCUUGAAAGUCUGUACAUACAUCGUGUUGCCUGUGAUACCCCGGCGUCAACUCAAGGCCGCGUGCUGUUUCAGAAGACAUUUUUGUCGAAAACUCUUCCAUUUUUCAGAGCAGAACGGUCCAAAAUGGCGUCCCUCGUCCAACCGGCUCGUUUCUUGGAUGCCGCGGUCAUGGGGCUCUUCGCCAUGGUGCUUUCUGCUCUGAUGCUGUACAUGUUCGGCGAAUUCUGGAACCUGUCUCAAGAUCCGCGGUUCAGUCAGUGGAAAAUUGGUUUUUUCAUGCAAAAACUCUUCCCCUUCAAGAGAAAUUUCGACUUCAACCUUACCCACAUCCUCCUCUUCACCGUCUGCGUCCUCUUGCUUAGCUUCCGUCCGGACUACGAACUCCUGCCUCCUGAGCAACAAGCUCAGUACCGCGGCCACGGCUGCUGCUCGCUGAAUGCCGGCUCUUCAGAGGAGCCUCAGCAGCAGGCCGAGGGCAGCCAUUACGCGAAGGAAGGAAAGAAGAAGCACUGAAGAUGAAAAACGAGGGUAUUUUUUGGAACUGGCGUAGGUUUGCACAGGCAGGCAAGAGCAGACCAAGAGAGGAACAAACAGGACAGGACCAGGAAUCUCGAGUUGUGUGAACUGGUGAUGGUAUUCGACGAGUUGCCUCGAGUUACACCCAGAUCGACUGCCGACGCACGUAGAAGAGGGGAAAGCAGAGGGGAGGUGCGGGUGUGAUCACAUAUCCUUUCACCCAAGUAGAUGGUGGUGUUUUCUCGAUAUGUCUGCCCGGAAAGUCUUUAAACGUUAGGAUAUGCAGAGACGCGCGGGUUCAUUCUCCGUGCGCAGCGCCAUUCCAUUUUCUACGCUGUAGAGAAUCUCGCGUUCGAUUGUUUUGUUCCGAAUGUCCUCGUCUCGAUCUGUGCGACUUUGGCUUUUUCCUGGUCCCGUUCUGUUGUUCAUGCUCCCUUUCCUGCCUUGUUGAGGACUGUAGAGUCACUACCGCAAUCGCGGAGAGCAGGCG